UCCGAAGCAUCGUCAUUUUUCUUCGUUAUCUUUCCGUUUCGUCUGUUAGAUUCUGUUUCCGUAACAAUGGCUUCUUCGUCUCCGGAGACCAGAAUCGCCGACGAUCACCUCGCCCUUGAGCUUACCGUCCGCGAUCUAGAUUCUCCUGUAUUAGACGCCGCCGCCUCCACCACCACCGUAUCAUCUUCCGACGAAAUCAUCCCUCUCCUGAAUCAAAACCAAAGACCUAGAAUCAACAUCUUCUCCGCCUCAUACACUCGACGCAAACCAAGAGAGCAAGUGAUUAAAGUGACUGAAUCUGAGAUAUCACCUGUAACUCAAUUUGCUUCAUGGGUUUGGAGUGGGUCUCGUUACUCUGGUUUACUGUGUAUGGCCUUUUCAUCGGUACUGUAUCUCAUCAUGGAGAUAGUUUCAGAUACUUUUUCUGUUCAGCCAAUUCCUUUGUUUGAGACCGCGUUCAUGAGAUGCACAAUUAUCUUGAUACUAUCGUACUUUUGGUUGAGAAGAACUGGACAACCAGUUUUUGGACCUGUGCAUGCCAGGAAGCUUUUGGUUUCAAGAGCUCUUGUGGGUUACCUUUCAUUGUUUAGUUUCAUCUUUAGCAUCCAAAUGUUGCCCUUGUCCCAAGCUAUAGUACUAAGCUUCUUGAAUCCAGUUAUGGCUUCCAUUGCAGUACGUGUUGUUCUGCAUGAGAAGUUGAAAAUAUCUGAUAUUGGAGGUCUUGCUUGCAGUUUCUUUGGUGUGCUUUUUAUUUUUGGCCCAGCACUUAGUGUUCAAGUUGGAUCAGAAGGAAGGAAUGAAAAUCUGAAAGGAAACCAUCAUAUUUAUGCGUUCUUGUUGGGUUUAUUUUCAUCAAUCACUGGAGGAAUCACUUAUUGUCUCAUAAAGGCAGCUGCUAAAGCAUCGGAACAGCCAGUGCUUACCGUCCUCUCAUUUGGUUUGGUAGCUUGCCCCGCUGCAGCCAUUUGCAUGCUUUCCUUCGAGAACUUUGUGCUACCAGCGUUUGAGACACUCAUUAGCAUGAUUAUACUAGGGUUACUGGCAUUUUGUGCAGAGGUACUUUUGGCACGUGGGCUUCAGCUUGAGAGAAUCAGCAAAGCUGCAAACAUAUUGUACAUUGAGGUGGUGUUAUCGCAGUUAUGGAUAGUAAGCACGGGAAAAGCACAAUCAUCGAGUUUGUUUAGCCGGCUUCUCGGGUGUUUGCUCAUUCUCGUUUCAGUGAGCUACACGGUUUACUUGGGACCUGCUAAAGAUAAUGAGUAACCCAAUAGGCACAUAGUAGCACUCUUCAAUUCUUUAAAAUUUGGAUUUUUAUAAUUUUUGUUAAGCUUCUUGUUUGGUGUGCAAUGUAAACCACCAGGCACCAACACCUCCCUAGUUCCCACAUUUUUUGAGUAUCAAAUUUCAUUGAUUUUUGUUUUGCCAAA